AUGGAGAUCAGGUUUGCAAGUUCAUCUAUGGAAGCAAGAUCAGCACCUUCAUUCACAACAUAUGCAUUGGACUUGAAUAAAUAUGAAACUUAUUAUUGUCAACAAUCUGGAUGCAAUACAAAAAUGAAUUGUAGAGAAGAUAUCCUUCCUUUUACUGAAAUGCCUAAUGCGGUGAGAGAAGAAUUUAACAUUGAGGAAAAUGAAUUUGCUUUUACUGCUUGCAAAAAUAUGCGUGGUUAUUGUGCAUUUGGUAAUGGCUGCUUUAUCAUAGGAAUUUCAUUAAACCUUAAAAAUGAAGACAAACAUGAAGUUUAUUCUAUUGGAUUUCAAGAGCAGGCUGAUAGUGAAGUGAUUCUUCCUCCUGGUUGUUAUUUGGAUUCUCAUGAACAUCCAAAAUUACCUAGUAUGGAGGGAAUGUUUUAUGUUGAAAAUAUAAAAGGUGAAGGAUGGUUUUGUCAUCCAAAUCUUUACUCUCAUCAUCCUCUUCCAAAUUCAUUAGGUGAUAUAAAAGUUGGAAACAAUAUGACACUUAAUUUUAUUACGGAUCAUAUACAUUGUGCCACUGACUUUUGGAGAAGAGUAUAUUGUUUGAAUCCAGUUUCAUUUAUUAAAUCAAUACAUAAAUAUUGUAUAAAAAAUAAUGUGGAAAAUAUUGGGUAUCAAAUAAAUAGGCCAGAAGAUACAUUAAUUUGGAAGAUACCAUCUGAA